GCGACAAGACGCGCUGCAUACCGACAAGAGAUAGAGGAGAGGAGGCUAAUUACGGGACGAAUUGUCUACUACAGAACGCACGUAUUGUAUCCAUUAGUUUGCAAUGUUCUGUCGAAUAUUUGGCAGAAAACAGUUGAGUAUUUACCUUCGUGUCUAGGUGCGUAUUUGAGCACAUUUGCUCUCCAAACCAUUGAAAACAACAUCAAUUCAGUGCCUGGAAUAUUUGAGAUUUUUGCACCAGGAUUUUGUCAUUUGGUAUUCCCUCUACGUCUACGAAAACAUCAACAAUCCCUUCUUUGGCUAAGGGGAAUCAUCAACGAGAAAAGUCAAGGGGAUAGACUCAUGUUUUUGUUCAGUCACAUGUAAAAGCAGUUGGUUAUUACUGUUGGACAUAAAUAAAACACACCAGGUAGAUCUUUUUACAUUUUUCCUGCAAAGGCUCCACACAAGGGGACUACGGCGGUAUUCUACUACGAAAACAACAACUAAUAAUCCAUCGAAACAUCAAAACAUGAGCUGCCCAGUCUUACGAAACGUGUUCGCUGGUUUGCUCCUCGCGUUGCUGUCGAAAGGGCCAAGUGUGCACGGAGCUGAAUUCGGCCACCUGCCCGACAACAUUACAGUGCUGGAAGGAGAGAGCAUCAUUCUGAGGUGUAAAAUCGACGAGGAGGUGACCCACAAGGCGUGGUUGAACCGCUCAAACAUCCUGUUUGCGGGGACAGACAAGUGGUCGCUGGACAGACGGGUGUCGCUGGUCAACAGUAACACCAGUGACUUCUCCAUCCAGAUAGAGAGGGUGGAGGUGGCUGACGAGGGGCUGUACACCUGCAGCUUCCAGGCCAGCAACAAGCCCCGCAUAGCCCACGUCUUCCUCAUCGUCCAAGUGCCAGCCAGAAUAGUCAACAUCUCCCAAGAUGUGUCAGUGAACGAGGGGAGCAACGUAUACCUCUUCUGUCUGGCGGUGGGACGACCUGAACCCAUUGUCACCUGGAAGGAGAACAAAUAUGGUCUAAUGAGUGAGGGGGAGUUCCUGGACAUAACAGAGAUCAAGCGGCAUCAGGCGGAGGAGUUUGAGUGCAUCACCAACAAUGGAGUGACGCAGCCCGACAUACGCAAAGUCAAGGUCACUGUCAACUACCCUCCCAUGAUCACAGACGUGAAGAACAUGCCAGCCCAGCUGGGAAAGACGGCCAUUUUGCGCUGUGAGGCCAUGGCAGUACCCACGGCCUCCUUUGAGUGGUACAGAGAUGACCGGAGGCCGGUGGAGAACGACAAUACUCUGAGGAUCAAGAACGAGAAGACGCGCUCACUGCUGCUCUUCACCAACGUGACGGACAAACACUUUGGCAACUACACCUGUUUUGCCUCCAACAGGCUGGGAGCCUCCAACGCCAGCAUGCUGCUCUUCCGGCCGGGAGCAGUGUACGGGCGAGGCGUGGCCGUCAACGUGGGGGUGAGUGCGGGCGUCGGCUUCUGGCUUUGCCUCUCUGUCUCUCUCCUGAUGAAGGUCUAAGAGCUUUUCCUGGAAGUCCCGUCCAGCCUGCGGAAGGAAGAAGGAAUUUCUUUAAUUACGAACCCAUCACUGUGAAACAAAAAUGAUAUGCAUUCUUCCAGGAGCCAUUGACGCAUCGCAUCUCACACCCACACCAACUCCCCCCUAUUCCUCACCCCACUACCUCCCCCCUUGCUACCUAUAUUGCCACUAUCACCAUUAUUGCCACUAUCACCACUUCAUGCUGUUUCCAAUGAGGGUCACAUUGGUGAUGUCUAUGAUGUCUGUGUUUAUUAAGAAUGAUAAUUGUGAUGAUGAUGAUGAUGAUGAUGAAAACAGCUAUUUAACACCAGAAUAAUACUAUUAUAAAUCUAAAUGAUGACUGAUCGAUACUACUGUUGGUCUCAUAGACAUUUGAAAACUAGGAGUAACAACACUCCUAUUUAUGGUUGGAACUACUCUAUAAUAACAAUGAUUAGUUAUUAUGAUGCGGGUCACGUGACCUUGUUGAAAGCUGUCCAUUGGCCCGUUGGCCCUGUGACAUUUGACCCUAUGAUCACACAAGUACCCUUUUAUUUUGUUUUUAACCGUGUGGCAGUGUAUAGGACGCGGCUGCUACGAUUGAUGUCAAAACACACAUGAAGGGUGGGCGGUGGGGGGUUCUAUAUAGUCUUUGCCCUUCUAGUGCAUCCUUUUGGGAUCGCAACCAAGACGAAGCAUGUGAGAAGCACCCCCCCCCUCAUCGUUAAGGUGGUUUGUGCUCUGUCUUGUGUGUAAAUAUAAUGCAGUACAGAAGCCAUGCCGUUACUAGAGGCAGUCUAUCCACAUCCAACCCUCCCAUUGGCAGUGGCUAAUGUGGAUCCUAAUAAAAUAUCCUCAUAAAAAUAUCCAGCAAAAUGACGUUACCCAUCAGCCUCUAUUACAGUUUUCAUAACCAGAAAGGGACUGUAGAAAUAACAAUCGUGUCUCCUGCUUUGAAGGCGUUGACCAGUCAUCCUCCUUCCUUGUCGCUUGUUGAUAGCAUGUACCGGUUAGAGAUGUUCCUGUCGUGAAACCUCCCUCCCACUCCCCCUCCUCCCCUGCACUGUGUCCGUUUUACUCUGCAAGGUUAAACUGCUAUAACUUUUUUUUGGUGUUGAUAAUAAUACUGAUGAUGUUAAUAAGUAUUUAAAUAAAUAUGAAAAGUAAUUCCCAUGUGAGAAAAAAAAAGAACACAUACUACUCCAGAGCUCAUGACGAGCCGUGUGUGCUAAAACAUAUUUUGUACUUAAUCCCUCGGAGAAAUCGACACACGUUGAACUGAACGACGACGACAAAAGACGAAGUUGUCAGGUUUUCAAGUUGUGCUCUUUUUGACAAGGAUUUUAAAAACACAAUGGAAGUUGAUCCCGAGGGAGUCUUUUCAUCCAGAAGAGUCCACAGUCAAUGAAACGUAAUAUCGUUUGUCAACGUGUCUGUAUUAAAACCUUUGUUUUCAUGCUGUUAACUGUGUAACACAUGUUACACACAUUACAUAUAUUCAACCAGCUUCCAUAGCGUGUCACUCUCCAGACAGACCAGCUCCAUGGAUAAAUGACUUAAAGCGAUGUAUGUAAAGCAGCGUCCCUGUAAGUCAGUCAGCCCCUGUAUGGCAGGACAGGCACACCGGGAGAUAAAGAUGUAAUUAGCCAUUACCUAUGGCUGGAUAAGCGACAGGGCCUACACUCUCCACUUCCCCCGGUGUCCUUCCCGCCAGCCAUGGACAGGCCCCAUAAAUCACGUUCAAUCCUGGCCCUGACAGCAUCCUCCUCAAGGACACCCUCGUCCCUGUAAAGCAGACACGGCGCGUCCUCACAAACCACCACACCUGGGCCCUGAUUGAACCCCCCCAGGGUUCAAUUAUCCAGCCACUUUACCUGCACAGAUCAACCACUGAGACGUGUGCUAUGAGGCUCGAUGACACCCCGACUACCCAUCCGCUGUCUCUCUGUCAUGUCCUGCUGUGUCUAUGUCUAUAUGCAAACUUCCCCAAAGUGAGCAAACCUGAAUGGAGAGGUUAGCUCACACUAGCAACUAGCUGACUACCCACAAUUCCUGUGACCAUACAGGAAUAUGCAGCAUCCGUAUUCAGUAUUCUGCGAAUAGCUGUCAUCUUUUUUUGUUUGAUUUCAUUUUAACCAACCUGCUAACUAAGAUAUAGGAGAGGCAUCCAAUCGGGUUAAUCUGUGCUAUGAUAUUUAAGGGCGCCCCUAACAAUAUAUUCAAGAAUGGAACUGUUUUAGUAAUACUAUUGUAUGAAAGCGUGCUAAUAUAUGAUGAGAUGUGAAGCCCUAGCCAGAGUGAAUGUCCCCUUUAGCAGGAGGCUAGUCAAUGAAAACCUGUUUGUCUCACUGAAUAUAGUGUGAGACGUCUUCUGUUGAUGCCCGUUGCUCUAUGCAAUGUAGUCAGUCACUGGUAUGUCUGAAGGGCAACACACAGACCCACUCGUGUUCGUCUUGUUUCGCUCAGACUCACAGGACAUUGAUUGGUAUCGAUUUUCAAGCACAAGAGCAGGUUGUUUUGGUCAGUGAUUCUGUUUUUCCUUCUUUGUCGUUUUCUCUCACUCACGCUGUCUUUCUGUCUGUCUUCUCACUUUCACAUAUUCUGUCUCAUGUCAGCACCCAGCUCAAUUUUAUCAGUGGAAUGAACUUCUGUAUGUACAUACUCUGUCCUUGAAGAAAAAACUAAAAGAAAAUAACAAAAAAAAAAAAAAACAUACUGUCAUGUUUCUCAAUGUGGGUUUGAAAAAAAGCAUGUAAAUGUUCGUUUUGGGGGGACUUUGAACAACAACAAAAAAAAGCUGUAUCUUGUGUUUGGGCUUUAGGCUGGGGGAAAGGCUGGGAGAUGUGCUUUUAAGCUCAUGCAAUGGAGGGCGAUAUGUAUGGUGGGCAUUUGUAAUAACCCCAAAUGAGUUUGAGUGUCUCCGUGCGUUAAAUGUGAAAGUUAAUCAGACUCUGUGUGGUGCAGAGGACUGGAAAUGGGAAAAGGAAGGAUGCAGCAAAUGCACCUCCUUGAUGGACAGUGGGAAGAAGCCCAGACUGGUGGGGACAAAGCUCUGAGGCAGAGGGAGAUGGGAUGACUCUGACCAGACAGUGAACUCUCCAUGGGAGAGAACGAGAAAAGACAGUGAAGACACUUGAUAGGAUAGCAGCUCAGAUAGCAUUCCUAAAAUGACCGCUGCGUCGUCCCUCCUGAUCUGCUAGCCUAUCAAGCGAGCGCUUUACACUUUAAUGAGACGGUGUGGUGUCAUGUAGCUUGACCUGUAAUUACAGCAGAGAGACAUACUGUGUGAUUCCAAUGGUCGUAAGUGGUGCAUUCACAUGUGGUGGGGGGGGGGGAAUGCUAAUUCUACGGGCACCACUCGAGCAUUGCUAAGCAGCACUUUUUGGCUUAUGUUGAUGUACAUAAUAUAAACGAACUUGCUUCAUUUAUAUAUUAGAUUAUUUAAAUGUUUUGAAGAAAAUUAUAACCAUAUUUGGGUGGUGUGUUUUUAUUUAUUUAUGAGUGACAAGUCUAGUAGUAUAUGAAAAUACAGUGGUAGAGUAGCAGUAGAAGCUAGAUAACUAUACACCCAGUCACCGUUUGAAUGUACUCAUUUUUGUGUUAGAUCCUAAAUCACUAUAACCACUAUAUUCCCACAUCGAACACUUCCUCAACACACUUUCAGUUCCAAAUGCAAUGGUUAAUCGAUACAUUGGACUGGAUCGCAUGAAAUAGAGCAAUUUCUCCCCAGGGUCACUUUACAAAGGCCCAAAGACAGAAUUGUCAAGUGUCUAUAGCAAGGCCUUAGAAUAAAGAGCAUAAUUUAUCAUGCCUUGAUACAAGACACCCCUAAUUGCACAUUGAUUUUCUCCCCAUCUCCGAAACGAUUUGGCCGAGCUAUAUUGUCAACUAAGGUAACUAUGUGUUUAGAGAACAUACAAUGAAGAAUGAGUCA